CUCACGCUCUCACCGAGGAUUAAACUCUCCCUUCAAACUCUUCCUUCGCGGAAUAAUCUUCAUCUUCUUCACCUUCAUCAUGACUCUGGAGGAAGUCCUGGUCCAGAAACCCGCAGAGCGAGACCUUUGCAUGGGGCAGACUCUGGAGGACGCGCUCGUGUCCGCGAGAGACAACGAGUCUCUGACCGUCGGUGUCUAUGAGUGCGCGAAAGUCAUGAAUCUUGACCCGGACAGCGUGUCCUUCUGCGUCCUGGCCGUGGACGAGCAGUUCGAGUGCGACAUCGCGCUCCAGAUCCACUUCACGCUGAUCCAGUCCUUCUGCUUCGACAACGACAUCAGCAUCGUCCGCGUCGGCGACGCCAAGCGACUGUCGGCGAUCGUCGGCGACGACAAGGCGGAGCAACUGGAAGACGCGCACUGUGUCCUCAUCACGAACCCGGCUGAAGGUUCUUGGGAGGAUCCAGCCCUGGAGAAGCUGCACGUGUUCUGUGAGGAGAGUCGUGGUCUGAACGACUGGCUUCCUGAGAUCAGCCUCCCCGGCCGCUGAUCUGGGACCUGGACUCCGGUCUCCAUUUGUGCUCAGAUGCUGUGAAGCUUCUUAUCUGGAAAUACUCAUCCUGACGAUCAGGGUGACCCUGUUUCUGCUCGUCCUGGAUUCUCCUGAGGAGGAUUCAAGUCCAGGCAACGCGGCGCCGGCCCCCGGCCCACGCCCCGCCCUCCUCUGAAGGGAAAAAGGGGCGGGCCCCCCGGCCGACCGCCAACCGUCGUCUCUCGUACCCGUCCAUGCCAAGAUGACUCUCAUUCUUUAUGUGAACGAGGUCGGGCAUGCCACGAGAGCGACACGUCGACCCUCAUUCUUUGUGCGGAUGAGGUUUGGAGAGGAAGGAGAAGCGACUCGUGCGUCCUGUGGUUCCCGCAGAGCCGACGUCGCCAACCGUUGACGCACGCGCAGCAGGAGAAGAAGCGGUGCGGAGGAAGAGGCGUCUUUAGAAGAGAGACUUUUUUUAAAGGCGUCCUCUCUGCUGAGCAACAUGACAACAGUUGUCUUCAGCGCCAAAGUUUCCCACUUUCCAGAAUUGUCUUAAUUCUCUAAAGGUUUCACUUUAGAAAUUUAACGAUGACAAAAAAACAAGAAAAAAUCUCUAAAGGUUUCACUUU